AUGGCUAAGAAGAGAAGCUGGUUCAAUCUAGUGAGAAGAUUGUUUACUCCAGAGACACAGUCGAAACGAGAAAAGGUAGAUAAUUUUUCUCCGUUGUCAUAUCUCUCAGUGUCUGUUAAAAUGCGUGACUUGAUGUAUUAUGGCAAUGAUCAUCAGGACAGGGGAAGAAAAUGGGUUUUUUUUGGAAAGUUUAAGGUCAAGAGUAGACUAGCCUCCAUUGCAGCACCAGCAUCACCACCAACAAAAAGAACACCAUUAGUUGAAGCAGAGGAGGAGCAGAGCAAGCAUGCUUUAAGCGUUGCUCUUGCCACUGCUGCUGCUGCUGAAGCAGCCGUCGCAGCUGCUCAGGCUGCGGCGGAGGUGGUUUUGAUCACUGGUGCUCCUCAUUCUAUCAGUAAAUGUGAGAAAGAAACAGAUCAUUUAGGCAUCAAAGUUGAACCUGAUGCCCCUCACUCCACUUAUCAAUGUGCGAGGAAGAUCAAAGAACUGGCUGCCAUUAAAAUUCAAGCUGCCUUUCGGGGCUACCUUGCAAGGAAAGCUUUGCGGGCGCUGAAGGGGAUAGUAAAGCUUCAAGCUAUUAUCAGAGGGCGAAACGUAAGACGCCAAGCCAUGACUACUCUGAAAUGCUUGCAAUCCAUUGUAAAUUUACAGUCACAGAUGGAUUUGAACAGUGAAAGAAGAUGGGAUAGCAGCCUUCUGACGAAGGAAGAGGCAGAUGCCUCGUUUCUAAGCAAGAAAGAGGCAGCGAUGAAGAGAGAACGAAUAAGAGAAUACUGGUUCAACCGCCGGAAUUCAGCAGAAGCGGAGCGAAACAAGACAAGUGGAAGAUGGAGGUAUUGGUUAGAUAAUUGGGUGGAUACUCAAGUUGUUAAAAGUAAAGAACUUGAAGAUUUAGACUCAGUUUUAACUUCAAAUCCAAAGCCUAGAGUGGAAUAUAGAGGAAAGCAGAUUAAGCUGAGAGGUUUGCAGAGACUAUAUCACCAUGAGGGCAUAGUUUCUCCCGUUUCAGCUCCAAGAAAAUCCUUCCAUAGAAAGCAAUACUCAUUGGGAGAGGAUUCCUUUUCUAGGUCUCCUGUGGUUCCACCUUACAUGGCAGCAACUGAAUCUGCCAAGGCAAAAUCAAGAUCAGUGAGCUCACCGAAGAAGCUAAGUAGGCCAGGGAGUUUUGAUGCUUACUCUGGCAGCUAUUCUCCAUGUAAGAAUAAGCUUUCUCUAAUAUCAUCUACAACUAAAGAAGUGCCAAGCAGUGCUAGGUAUGGAAGGCCUAGUGCUUAUCAGCAAAGGUCUCCAAGCUUGAAGGGCCUUCCAGUUCCCGUAAAAUGUAACCGGCCGACAUUGAAAGAUCUUAGCUUUGAUUCAGACUGCUCUUUAAAGACUUGGGAUCAACAAAGUUCCUUGAGAUGA